AUGUCAGACUUUACUGGGGAAGAUGAAGAAAUUGAGAUGACCUCUCUUCUUUUGGAGAACCAGAAGAAGCUGGUUAUGGUGACCCAUGACAAGUCCACCUUUUAUGCCCAUGAUGGAAAGGUGGACAUGUGGCUUGAGGAAGGUGAAAGCUACAUCCGCAAAAAAGGUCAGGGAAGAUCUCUGAUGACAUGUGAAGACAUGCUUGACCAGCUGAAGAACCAUGCUAUCCCUCUGUUCGAAAGCUUGCAUGAGGGAUGCACUGGUGUCUUUAUUUUUGACCAAAGCAGCAACCACAAAGCAUAUGUCACAGAUGCCUUGGUUGCCACCCACAUGGUUCUAAAGCCAAAGGUCGUUUUUGAAAAUGACAAGUUCAUUUUCAAAGAUACAACGUUUUUGAGGGAUGGACAUAUCAUCUCUCAAUCGUUUUAUGAGACAGUCUUUGAAGCUGGAAGGAAAGGAAAGGGGCUGGUGGAGAAGAGACAGUUUGUUGGCGUCCAGCGGAUCCUUCAGAAGUGUGGACUGUGGAUGGAACUGGAUUCAUCCAAUCUUUCUAGAAGAUGGAGAAUGGACUGCAAUGGAGAAGAAACAGAGAACCACUGUUACUGUGCCUGCCACCUCUUGGCCUCUCAGCCCGACUUUUCUGGACAGAAGACAGCUCUUCAAGAGGUGGUGGAAGAGGCGGGUCACAUAUUUGAGCUGUACCCCAAGUUCCAUUGUGAAUGCAAUUGGAUCGAGUGUUACUGGGGUGCAGCCAAAUGUGUGGCUCGCCUAAACUGCGAUUAUUCUUUCAAGUUGUUAGAAAAGAAUCUCCCGUCUUUCUUGGACAGUGCCUCUCCUGUGGCUGGUUCUCCUUCCAUGAUCAGGAGAUUUUAUAAAAAGACUUGGGGAUAUAUUGAAGCUUAG